AAGAAAGGAAGGCAGGCAAAGGGAGAGAACUUGGAAGAAGCUCCAAUGGAGGAUAAAAGGCGAUGCUUCAGUUUAAGUCAAAACAAGUUUCUUCAGCAUUGGUGCGUGAUUCUUUUCUUAUCUUCCUUGGCCAUUUUGCCUUUAACUCAAUCUUUCAACUAUGGCAAAGCCCUCUCCAAAAGCCUCCUUUACUUCGAAUCCCAACGCUCCGGCCGCUUACCCUACAACCAAAGAGUCACCUGGCGCCACCAUUCUGGCCUCACCGAUGGCCUUGAGCAAGGGGUGGACUUGGUGGGAGGGUACUAUGACGCCGGAGACAAUGUGAAAUUCGGUUUGCCAAUGGCUUUCACCAUUACCAUGCUCUCAUGGGGUGUCAUUGAAUAUGGAGAUGAAAUCUCCAGUGCCGGAGAGUAUACUCACGCUCUCGAAGCCAUCAAAUGGGGAACUGAUUAUUUCAUCAAAGCUCAUACUCACCCAAAUGUCUUAUGGGUUGAGGUGGGAGAUGGUGACACCGAUCAUUACUGUUGGCAGCGACCGGAGGACAUGACAACAUCCCGGCAAGCCUACAAGGUGGAUGAGAAGAAUCCAGGAUCAGAAGUUGCCGGUGAGACGGCAGCUGCAAUGGCGGCUGCCUCCAUUGUGUUUAGGAAAACAAAUCCACAUUACUCUCACCUACUACUGCAACAUGCAGAACAGUUGUUUGAGUUUGGAGAUAAGUUUAGAGGGAAGUAUGAUGAAAGUGUUAGGGUGGUGAAAGGGUACUAUCCGUCGGUGAGUGGGUUCAAAGAUGAGCUGUUGUGGGCAGCUUUCUGGCUAUACAAGGCCACCGACAAGGAGGAUUAUUUGAGGUAUGCUUUGGAGAAGGCAAAUGAAUUUGGUGGGAUCACUUGGGCCAUCACUGAGUUCAGCUGGGAUGUCAAGUUUCCUGCUCUUCAGAUCAUUGCUUCAAUGUUGUUGACGGAAGAAAAUCAUAGGGAGAUGGGGUUCAAGCUCGUAUUCGAACAGUAUCGUUCAAAGGCUGAGUAUUAUUUGUGUGCUUGCCUUAACAAGAACAAUGGGAGCAAUGUGAACCGCACCCCAGCAGGUCUAUUGUACAUCCGACAAUGGAACAACAUGCAAUAUGUAACGAAUGCAGCAUUUCUUCUCACAGUUUAUUCCGAUUAUCUUCGAGCGUCAAAUCAACGGCUGAGAUGCGACCGCGGCAAAGUUGGUCCGGAAGAAGUCCUCUUGUUUGCAAGAUCACAGGCUGAUUACAUCCUGGGAGCUAAUCCAAUGGGCAUGAGUUACUUGGUUGGGUAUGGUUCAAGGUACCCUCAAAGGAUGCACCAUAGAGGAGCAUCAAUUGAAUCUUAUAAAGAGAACAAGGGAUUUAUAGGGUGCACUCAGGGGUAUGAUUAUUGGUAUCCAAGAAAUGAUCCAAACCCUAAUGUUGUUGUUGGGGCCCUGGUUGGAGGGCCAGAUCAGAUGGACCGAUUUUGUGAUGAUAGGAAAAAUUUCAUGCAAACUGAGGCUUGUACCUAUAAUACAGCAAGCCUUGUUGGGGUUUUGGCUAAGUUGCAUGGUGUAGAAGAAGAAGAUGGAUAUUUGAAUACUCCUUUACUUGCUUCUAGCUAAACCCUUAAACGAAAAACCGGCCUAACAUCAUGCAUUCAAUCAUAUAUAUACAGGAAUAGGAACAGAAAUAAAUGUUUUUUUCUUCCAUUUUCUUAUAGCUCAAUAUUUGUGAAUUUAUGUGAUUUUUCUUCUCCAAUACAUUCAUGGGGGGCAUUCUUAAGUUUUGUCUAAAUCUAAUAUCUGAAAUCGAAUCUCCAUUUCAUACGAUCUUAAGGAUGCAAUCAAUCGCCAUGUAAUGAUUGUAGGUACAUUCAAGAUUUGAUUUGGUUGUACUUGUGGAUUUGGAUGUAUGUUGUUAGCUCUACACCUACCAAUAAUGUUUCUGAUCAUUAUUAAGGGUAAGUACAGUAAGUCAACAAAGCCCGAAAGCAUUUGAGGGUCUUAUUUUUUAUUUGUUGGAACUACAUCUAUAUAUAUUGUUGUACAAAAGGAGAAAAUAAAUAAACAAUUAGAAUCUUACAACACCCUCACCACAAUCAUCUGCUUGUAGUGAAGAUUGAAAGGCUUUGUGGUACAAGAUCCAAAAAUUUACUUAUCUAACCAAACUGGUAAAAAAUAGUGGCUCAAGUACUUAUUUCCAAAAUUUCAAUUAUAUUGCACAUUAAAACAGCAAAAUGGUGUGGUUUCAAGAAGCUACCAUUGGUUUAUUGUGUACCAAAGGAGGUUCCUAUAGCAUAUUUUCAGCUCCAUUGCUUAUUUUCUCUGCACGUUUUUAGUCCCUGGUAUCAUUGGCCAUCUUCAAGCUCUUAGAAAUCAUUAAAACUGCAAGUUUCUAUCACUAUUGGGAUAAAUGGAUUGAUUGUGUGAGCAAAAUCAUUGUGAUCACUUGAAGUUUUGAAGGUUGCCUCAUAAUAAGUUCAAUUCACCCUUAUGAACUGCAAGGUCUCCUUGAAGACUGCUUUUAAAAAAUGGGCUUUUAAUGAUGGUAAUGAGGGACGGCAUCUGAAUCUCAUGAGAAUUGGGGAAGAAAUUGUACAUAAGUGUAAAUGUAUUCCUUUGGCAGUAAGAACAUUGAGAAGCCUACCGCUUUAGAAAAUUGAUGAAUCUGAACGUGUCUUCAUAAGGGAUAAGAGAUAGUGAAAUAUGGA